UUUCGAGGGCGUGAAUGGGAGGCGAUGCGGCAUGGGAAUCUGUCCUUUCUAAAGCCUUCCAUUCUUGUCUUUUGACUCAUCUUGUUUUAAUUGUAAACGUGGCUACUGAGAGGUGAAUAUUUUAUUCUUUGGGCUCCCCCUUUCCAGUCCUCAACGGGCUCGUCGAUUCAUUUUCUCACCAACCUCCGUCCAUCCAUUUAUCAGAGACACAUCGCAUAUGGGAGCGACGUCUUGCUCAUAUCAACACUUUAAUUCCCAUUCCUGCGCACUAUCUCGGUCAUCCUAGAUGAUGAGCACCCAUCAGGCGCCAUCGGGCGUGUCGCCCGGGCCAGGUUUUGCCCUUUUAUUGUUUCUUAUUUUCGCUGUCUUGACAUUCGGCGCAUCGGCUGGCACGAGUUAUGGGGGCAGCACAGCAAAAGAUGAAGGGAAGAGCGACUUGAUUUGUCACACAGACAAUCCAGGCGAAUGCUAUCCUAGAGUGUUUGAGCCAACGAGUGAGUUCCAGGUGGUGCGUGCGGACCAGGAGAUACCGCCAGGGCUUCAUGUCAGACUAGACAUCAACACCGGGAAGCGAGAAGCAAAAACCAACGACCCAAAUGAGGCGAACCCGGCGCUCGAGGGUCUGCCAGUCGACUCGUCAGUGGUGGUCAUAGACGAUCAAGAAGACUCUGAGGCCGGGAACAGCCCACAGAUACCAAAGGGCGCGCCCGAGUACGAACCAGUGGGGAAGAUCAAGGAGCCUCAGGACGCGAAGCAGUCUUUCCGAGACUCCCUCACAGUCCUCAAAACCCUUGCUUUGGACGACCGACCCAUAGGCGCAGCCCUGGACAUCUUGGACGAUAUCUCUCACGACAUCUACUACGGCCUGAAGAUCGCUGAGGAUACCGGUGCGGUCAAGGAGCUUCUCUGUAUGAUGAGCUCCCAGGGCGUCUUCACAAGGGGCGGGGAAGAUGACGUGGUCAGGCAGGCAGGACUGGCGGCCUCGAUCGUGGGCUCCGCGCUGCAGAACAACCACAAGGCGCUUCAAGAGGUCGAGAAGGCAUGGGACGAGAUCAGCGUGACAAAGUGUGCCGGCACAGAUCAGGAUCUCAGUAGGGCGCUCUUCAACAUGCUUACCCCGGGUGUGCCAGCGGGCGAGGCUGUAGCUGGGGCCGAGGCCAGCGUCUUGAGCCUCACGAAGGCCAAGACGGCGGCGCUGAGGGGCUUGAUAAAAAGCCCGGUCAUCCGGGACGACUUCCUCGCGAACGGCGGCAUGGCGCAGAUCUUGGAGGUCCUGACCAUUGAGAGGCCCGAGCUGGCGCCAGCGAAGCAGAAGCUCGCUAAUCUCGUGCUGGACAACUUCCUGGAUGAGAGCAUGGGUGCCACAGUCGGCGUCUGGCCCCGGCGGGGCCAGGUUGAUCAUGAAUGGGACUACAAGCUGAGGUCACUCGCGAAGCUUCACAAAGCGGACAAGGACCACUGGAGCGCAGAGCUGUGGAAGAGGCUGCAAGAGCAGAGGAAGGCCGAAAGGGCACAAGCUGGGCACUCGCGCAAUGAAUUGUAGAGCAGCGCUAGCUAUAGUCCAGGUUUGGUUUUGAUGAGCGAGAUACCCAAUGAAAUACGCC